CUUCUGUCGAGACCUCGUCAAACAUCAAGCUCUCAACUGAAUCGAAACCUUAAAAAAAGAAAACAAGAUUUACUAAUUUUCUUCUCCCUCACUGUCUCUCCGACAUUUUCUAAGACUUCUCAAAUCCCGACUAUGAUUCAGGAUAUUUAUAUCCAUCCUUGCCUCUCUCUCCCCCAAAACCCCAUUUGUGUUUUUCUUUUUUGGACUGACCCCCCGCUGUGUUCACCAGAGGACAGAGUGGGAAUGUAAAUGCAGGCAUUUGGGCAGGGUUUUGUUUCUGGGUCUGCAUCUGUGAUAUGAGUGCUUGAUUCUUCUUCUGCACUUCAGCUACUACUUUAACAAAGUUUUCGGACAAGUAAAUACCGUUGCCCUCACAAGUAACACCAUGUCUGGACCUCUACCCGUAUCUGAUGUCGAAAUAUCUGAGGAAGAUAGAAAGACUAAAGUCGGGUCGUUGAAGAAGAAGGCAAUGAAUGCCUCUACUAGGUUCAGAAAUUCUUUGUCAAAAAGGAAUAGAAGAAGCAGUAGUAAAGUCUUGUCUAUCGACAUUGAGGAUGUGCACGACUUAGAGGAGAUACAUGCUGUUGAUUCGUUGCGGCAGGCACUUUUACUGGAGGAGCUUCUACCCUCCAAGCACGAUGAUUAUCAUAAGAUGCUCAGAUUCUUGAAGGCCAGGAAAUUUGAUGUCAACAAAACCAAGCAAAUGUGGUCUGACAUGCUCGAGUGGAGGAAGGCAUUCGAUGCUGACACAAUCAUGGAGGACUUUGAAUUCAAGGAACUCGAUGAAGUCUUGAAAUACUACCCCCAAGGACAUCAUGGUGUAGACAAGGAAGGACGACCUGUGUACAUCGAGAGACUAGGCCUAGUAGAUGUGACCAAGCUGAUGCAAGCCACAACUAUGGACCGCUACGUCAAAUACCAUGUCCAGGAGUUUGAGAGGACAUUUGCUGUUAAAUUUCCAGCUUGCUCAAUUUCAGCAAAGAAGCACAUUGAUCAAAGUACAACUAUCCUCGAUGUGCAAGGAGUGGGAUUUAAGAAUUUCAACAAAUCUGCCAGGGAACUUAUUACUCGCCUUCAGAAGAUUGACGGUGACAAUUAUCCUGAGACCUUGAAUCGCAUGUUUAUCAUCAACGCUGGUUCUGGCUUUCGAAUGUUGUGGAACACCGUGAAGUCCUUCCUUGAUCCGAAGACUACGGCAAAGAUUAAUGUCCUUGGCAACAAGUAUCAGAGCAAGUUGCUUGAAAUAAUUGAUGCUAGCGAAUUACCCGAGUUUUUAGGAGGUACAUGUACUUGUGCUGAUCAAGGAGGCUGUAUGCUUUCGGACAAGGGACCCUGGAAACAACCUGAGAUCAUGAAGAUGGUCCAAAACGGCAGUCAUCAAUGUUCAAGAAAAUCUGGACUUCAAGGACUCGAUGCAGCUCUGAAUGUUGGACCUUCCGCUCCUAAACUCAAUCAUGCACUUUCUCGCUUCCAUGAAGAAGUAUCCCUAGCCAAAACUCGCCAAGUGUCUUUCAGGCGCAAGGACAGUGUCUCGAUGGUUGGUAAAUCUGUGGAUUCGAGUUGGCCAAUGUCAGUGGGGAAUGUUAAAUUUGCCCUCUCAAAGGCUAAAUCAUCUGAGAAUUUAGCAGGAGAUUGUUUCACCAGGAACAAUGCUUGCAAACUGCCUGAAGGUUUAGGCUCUCAGAUUAUGGCUGCUAUUAUGACGUUUCUUGUGGGCAUUGUCGCCAUGGUCAAACUAACACGUAGCAUGCCAAGGAAGCUCACCGACUCCACCUUCUACUCCAGCACUGUCUGCGACAGUGACACAAUGGUCAAAGGCCAGGGCUCUUCACACUCUGCCAUCUCCGGUUCAGAUCUCAUGACUGUCAUGAAACGCAUGGCUGAGUUGGAAGAGAGAAUGACUGUUUUGAACAUGAAACCUGCUGCCAAGCCAGCUCAGAAGGAGGAAAUGCUGAAUGCUGCUCUAGGUCGGGUUGAUGCCUUGGAGCAAGAGCUUAUGGCAACAAAGCAGGCUCUCGAGGAGUCGCUUGCCCGGCAAGAGGAGCUCUUGGGCUCUCUUGACAAAAGAAGAAGAAGAAGAAGAACAAGAAGAAGAAAAUGUUCCAUAUCUGGUGAAGAAAAGUCAGACACAGGAGAAGAUAUGCUUGGUUGAAUAAAUGAAUCAUUGGCUGUCAAAAGCCCCCACCCAAAUGCGCGCCUGUACUCAACUUAACCGUUCUAUUAAACUUUUACCACAUAAAAUAUGAAUGAACAAAGUUUUGGCCAUGUGCCUAGUUUGCCAGUGUAUCACUUUUCACUAUUAUAAUUUAUGUAGAUGUCUUCAUUUUUCAAUA